AUGGGCGCGCAGGCGAUGGUGGCGGCGAUAAAGGUGGAGGUCAUGUCGCCCUCCGACGACCAACCCACGGCGGGCGCUCUGCUGGUGUCGUGCGACUUACCGCCCAUCUGCUCCGCAGCAGUGCGGCCUGGCCGCCCCCCGGACAUGGCACACACCAUCUCGCACCACCUCACCUCCCUGCUCACCAGUGCCGCAUGUGUGGAUCUAACUCACCUCUGCAUUGUACCGGGCAAGGCUGCGUGGGCCAUCUGGCUGCAUCCCUCAGCUCAUCCCUCCCUCUCAACCCCCCACCCCUUCACCCAUCUCGCUCACUCACUUCCCCGUCCCUGCCACCCCUCCCAUCCCUCCACCCCUCCCGCCUGGCAGGACAUAGUGUGUAUUGACGCCGACGGAGCUCUCUUCGAUGCUGCUCUGCUCGCCGCUCUCGCGGCCCUCUCCUCCCGUACGCUCCUCUCCUCUCCGCUCUUCUUCCCUCUCCUGCCCUGCCCUUCCCUCCUUAUCCACCCAUUCCCCACUCCCCCUGGCAUGUGCUGCUGCUCCUGUCAUGCGUUCUUCCUCCCCUCCCCCCGUUUCCCCACCCCACACUCUCCCCAUGCUUCUCCCCAUUCCCCGCGCAUCACGCCAUACCCCUCCUCUCUGAAACCCCACACACCCUCUCUCACAGCCACCUCCUUCCCUUCCCCCCUGCAGGGCAGAGGAGAGGGCGAAGAAGCAGGUGUGGAAGGAGGGAGGGGAGCAGAGCGGGACGGGGAUGGAUUGGUGGUGGAGCAGACAGUGGAAGGGAGGAGACUGGAGCUGCAGGCGCUGCCAUUGGCCCAGACCGUGUGCUUGUAUGGGGGCCACCUCUUGGUUGAUCCCACUGCGGAAGAGGAGCGGCUCGGGAGUGGCAGUAACAAUGUGAUUAUAGCGAUGGAUGUGAUGGCGCGGGAGGAGGGUUCAGGGGCUGGGAAGGGUGCGGAGGAGGGGGAGAAGGGAGGGGGAGGGAAGGGGGAGCGGAAAGGGGGGAUUGGGAGGGGAGUGGAGAAAGGGGGAGGAGGGAGUGAAGAGGGGGAGGAGCUGUUACUGGUGUUCAAGGCGGGAGGGUCUGCAAGAUUAACAGCGGCAGGCAUGCAGGACUGCACUGCAGCAGCAGCGGUGAACCUCAGAGAGAGGAGGGCCGCUCUGCUGCACGCAUUGGCCGAGGCAGAAAAAGAGGAGGAAGAGGAGGACGAGGAGGAAGGGGAGGAGGGGGAGGAGAUGGAGAGUUGA